CCGCGGCCGUUCCGCCCUCAGCCGGCGGCUCCUGCGGCCCAGAACCGCGGGCCAUGGGGGAACAAGGAGGGCGAGCGGGCCUGCAGGAGGAGCCCGGGCCGGAGCGGCAGAAAAGUGUUCCUUUGGGCCCUCAAGAGGUGCAGCUGCUCAGGGGCUGGUUGAUGUGAGAGGUGUGGAACAGAGCAGGGCAGGAAGGCAGUGCUGCUGCCUGAGCAGGGCACGGAUGGAGGGCAAAGGGGUGAGCACCCCAGGGAAGAGUGAUGCAGCCACCUGUGGGGAGAGGAGCUCCUCUCCAAGUGAAGCUGAAAAUGGCUUGAAACCUCACGAGGAGCCUCUUCUCAGAAAGAAUCCCCGUCGGUUCGUCAUCUUCCCCAUCCAGCACCCGGACAUAUGGAAGAUGUACAAACAGGCCCAGGCCUCCUUUUGGACAGCAGAAGAGGUUGAUUUAUCAAAGGACCUUCCUCACUGGAACAAGCUAAAAGCAGAUGAAAAGUACUUCAUCUCUCAUGUUCUUGCCUUCUUUGCAGCCAGCGAUGGGAUUGUAAAUGAAAACCUGGUGGCACGCUUUAGUCAGGAGGUGCAGAUCCCAGAAGCUCGUUGUUUCUAUGGCUUUCAGAUCCUCAUCGAGAACGUUCACUCCGAGAUGUACAGCUUGCUUAUAGACACUUACAUCAAAGACCCUGAGAAAAGGGAUUUCUUAUUUAAUGCCAUUGAAACAAUGCCUUGUGUCAAGAAGAAAGCAGACUGGGCUCUGAAGUGGAUUGAAGACAGAGAAUCCACUUUUGGUGAGAGAGUGGUUGCCUUCGCUGCAGUUGAAGGCAUCUUCUUUUCGGGUUCAUUUGCUGCGAUUUUUUGGCUGAAGAAGAGGGGCCUGAUGCCCGGAUUAACUUUCUCCAAUGAACUUAUUAGCAGAGAUGAGGGUCUACACUGUGAUUUUGCUUGUCUAAUGUUCCAUUAUUUAGUGAACAGACCAUCAGAAGAGAGGGUCCGGGAGAUCAUUGUUAAUGCUGUUGAAAUUGAACAGGAGUUUCUCACAGAGGCAUUACCCGUAGGUCUGAUUGGAAUGAAUUGCACUUUGAUGAAGCAGUAUAUUGAAUUUGUUGCAGAUCGGUUACUAAUGGAGCUGGGGUUCUCAAAGGUCUUUCAUGCAGAAAAUCCUUUUGAUUUCAUGGAGAAUAUUUCUCUGGAAGGAAAAACCAAUUUCUUUGAGAAGCGGGUUUCAGAGUAUCAACGUUUUGCUGUGAUGGCAGAAACAAUGGACAACGUUUUCACUCUAGAUGCAGAUUUUUGAUGCCUUGGCAAAUUAACAGUGACCGUCUCCCUCUCCCCAUCUCGCUCUCUGCUGUGAAGUUGUCUCCAUUUCCUCUGCAGGAGUUGGAGUCUACUGGGAAUUUUUCCUGGGUUUUCAUGUUGGUUUUUUUUUGAAGAGUAAAUGCAUUUUGCUCUGUGCCAUUAAAAAAAGGACAAGAACAAGGGGUUCUUUUUAAACAAAUGGCAAGGCUUUUUAAAAGGAUGGCCUUUUUAAGAUUCCUGUGGUUAAUCUGCUGUAAUUGCUGUCUUUAAGGAUGAUCUGGGUACUGCUACUUUUUUGAAGACUUCAGUAGUGUUUUAAGAAAGCAAGCAGCUUGUUUACCUCCUAUUGUAGUACUUUAGUCUUAAAAACAGAUGAGGUAUCGCUCUAUGUAUAUAUAUUGCUCUAAAUUAUUUUCAUGGUUAUUAUUUUCAUGUUUAUAAAUCUGAUCAACAGUAAAAGCUCUUCCCUUUUGUCCUGCUGCAGAUGGAGUAAUAGUCCCCUAUUACUCUGAGAAGACAUGAGUUCAGUAAGGUAGGAGCUUGUUACACCCAGGGAUACAGUUUGAUCUCUUCUUUAACCUGGCUUCUAUCUGAAACAGUAUCAAGCAUGUCAGCAGACUUUGAAUGGUCCUUGACAAAGCACGCCUGUUAAUAGUGGAAACAAAACACAUCCUGUAGUUCUCUGGCUUAUGCUGUUUUUCAUUGCUUCUAUGAACAAGUGCCUUAUAACAGUUUGUGAUUCUGCUGCGCAGCUGGAGCAGCGAGCACUGGGUAUUGUCUCUGUUUUCUCUGUUAUUGAUGAGAGGGAGAAGGCAUAUUGCUGCAAGGGAUGGUUCCUUGAGGUGCUACAAACAUGCUGCUUGAGCUCUGGAGAAGCACCAGUAAUUUACUGGGGUACUUCAGUUUGUGUGUUUAAUGCAACCCAUUAAAAGCAUUGUCACAGCGGAGCUUCUGCAGUAAGGUGUUAAACCUUUCAGAAUCAGAUCUUGAAGUAGCAUGAGAUGGCAGCAUCUUGCAAAGGACUGCUGUUGGGUUUUUAGUGUAUUCUAGUUUGUGCCCCCAAGAUCUGAAGUUCCUUUAUACUGCAUGCUGAGAAUGGAGCAUUUGAAGAAGACCUUAAAAUACUGCAGUGAUAAGGUGGAAUGGAUAUUACUUAAGUACAGGUGGAUUGUUUGCAAAUAGAGAGCUUGUUUUUUCCCUUCAGGAUGUCGUAAGGGUAAAUGAACUAGACAAAGAGUUCUGCUUUACUAAACCCAAGGAUUUUUUUUUCACAAGAUUAAGCAAUUUGUACGAGAGCUUUUAUAAAUCCUUUCUGUUGUUGCAAACAUCUUGUGCUGCUUUAAGUAUACCUGGCAUGAGAUGAGCCGGCAGCGUUUAGUGGUGAUGUGGUGGUACAGGGUUGUUUCCCCACCAGCCCGGAUUAGCCACAGCCCCGGGUAGCUGCGCUCCAUGAAGUGAGUUCACUGCAGCAGCAUAGUUCCUACUGAGCAGCUUUCUCUGCUGUGAAUGUUAGCAGCAACACAGACUUUUUGUUUGGUUGCAGUAAAAUCAUGGGAUACGUAGUGAGCGUAUGAACAGCACAGCUUUUGGUUUUAUUGCUAGAGAAGAGCUUGCAUCAUUUGACAUGAGGUAGUUGCAGGGAUAGAGGGAGACCUGGAAAAUACAGACAAAAGAUCUGCUGUCGCUAAGUAAUGUUCUGUAACUGCAAGAGAACUGUGGAAUGCAGAGCUAAAAUCCAGCGCCUUUUGCAAAUACUGCUGUAAACAGUUCAGUUGUUGGAGGAAUGGAAAACGUUUUGAUGCCACUAAGAGAAAUAAAAAGCUUUUUUUAAAAAUUC